AUGAGUGCUAUCACAUCUGUCCUCGUCCGACGCACCGGACUCAACCGCGGUGGUAUUCGAGUAACUGCUAUUGCAUCGGCAUCCCAACGCCGAUCAACGUCCUGGAUCCCCUGGGAGCAGCCCAACCCAACCCUCUACAUGCAGCAGCCUAAUCAAGCACACCCCAAGGACCCUCUCACGGACACUGAAUCACCUCCCGAAGAAACUCUCACAGACACCCUUCCCACCAACAACGUCCGCAAAGUCGGCGAAGCGACCGUGGCCCCCGCAACCGCCACUGUCGGACCCGGAACCCAAGAAGUGUCCACGUCGGGCAAAACAGUCCCGUCCUCAAUCCAAGCAGGCAGCAUCCGGGUGCCCUCCACCCAAACCCGCACAAUGCACACUGCCAGCGGCAGCACUAGCAGCACUCCCACCAGCGCCCCCGCGCUCCUACACCUCCCCACAACCCUGCUCCGCAUCCCCGGUGUGCCCGCCACCUGGCCAGGCGAAACACCGCCUCACCCGGACCAGCCGCGCAUCCGCAAGCAACGGAUCACCGUGAUCCACGAAUUCGGCAGCUACCGCGCUCCAACCCUUCCCUCGCGCCCUGUCAUCUCCUCUCUUCCCCUCUCUACGCCGACAAAACAACCAACAGGAGAAGACCAAAACGAAGAGGUCGAAAAAGGAGACGACAAAGCCCUCCCAACCCUCCAAAUCCACCACACCAUCCCCCCCAUCGACUUCGACCCCCACCCAUCGCUAACCUUCGAGAAGGCCGUGGCGCGGUACAUGGACGGCGUGAAAGAGCGGGAGGAAGCGCUCGCGGCUGUGGAACUCCACUCCGAGGGGGGCGACUUGGAGAUAAGCCGGCGGGCGUUGGCGGAGGUGGAGAAGGCGCAGUGGGGGAACGUGGUUUUGGCUGCUUUGGGGAAUUUGCCGGUUUUGCCUGAGAAAGGUGAGGAAGAAAAAAGCAAGGACGAGAAGGAGGGGAAAGGUGAAGAUAAGGGACGGUCUUAGAGGUUAAGAAGGAGUAAAAUUGCCUGUGGCUAUGAUGAUGCGUUUCUGCUGGGUGUUAGGAUGGGUUACGGAAGGCGAAGGGGGUGGGAUUCGAUAGGAUCAGGUUAUUGCUUUGGGGUGUUUAGGUGCGUUGGUGAUACCCUCGUUCGGUUUGGUUUGCGGCAGGAUACGAAAAGUCAUAGGAGUUAGGUUAGGACGUCCUUGAUUUCUCUGCUUUGGCAGAUGGUGAGCAACUCUGAAUAUAUUGCGUUGCUAUAAAGAAUU